AUGGCUAAGUGGGACGUGAAUGGGAAGACAUUUUUGAUCACCGGCGCGGCUACAGGCUUGGGCGCGGGCUACGCUGAAGAAUUCCUGAAGGAAGGAGCCAAACAAAUAGCCAUUUUGGAUAUAGCGGAAGACAAAGGCAAAUCGUUAGUAAAAGAACUAAACAAUACCUACCCCGGAAGAGUCAUCUUCAUCAAAUGUGAUGUUAGCGACGAACAAAGCAUUGCGAUGGCUUUUGACCAAGUCCUCGCCAAGUUCGGGAAGUUGGAUGUCGUGUUAAACAAUGCGGGCAUCAUGAACGACUCUCCUCAAUUGUGGAGGAAAAUGUGUGACGUCAACUGGCAAGGACUCGUCUCAUUUACGUCAAGGGCAAUAAAACAUAUGAGGAAGGACGAAGGCGGCGCAGGUGGUACAAUUAUCAACGUCGCGUCUACGGCUGCCUUAAUGAAAACAGACGUUCUGCCAAUUUACUGCGGUACCAAAAUGGCAGUGCUGCACUUCACUCAAUGCAUCGCGAGUGGAAACUUCUAUGAGGAGACUGGUGUAAGAUGCAUGACAAUUUGCCCUGGACCUACGGACACUGCCCUUAUGGUUGGGCUAACUGAAAGGGGUAGUGACAACAAAAAAGGGGAGAAACUGGAGAAUUUAAUUAACACAUUAAGCUGUCAAAAGAAGGAAUCAGCAGUGGCCGCAGUGAUAAAGAUGUUCAAAGAAGGCACCAAUGGAUCUACUUGGCUGAGUGUCAAUGAUCUACCCGGCAAGGAUAUUACAUCAUCUGUAGAUGAAGCUUUUACUAUCUUAAUAAACGCCUCAAUGCACUAA